AUUCAUAUCUAUAGCAGUAGGCCAUUCCUCACCUAGUCACGAGAAAGGAAAACUUCCACCGGUUCUUAUCGUCUCGUGACACGAUAUAAACGUAUGUCACGGCAUUUUCGUAACAAUCCAUUAGUGACUCAAACAAUGGCACUACUAGUAAUAUCACUGAUGCUUGGUAGCUGUCUUUUGAUGGUGAAGGGAUUGUCACCAACAGGCAGUCUAAUUGCUGAUAAAUAUUCCAUUCCUUAUCAGGCUGAUCUUAUAGUUGAGGUUCCUGGUGCUGAUACCCGUUACCGCACAGGUACCCUAAUCUCCUGUAACUAUGUGUUGACGGCAGCUAAUUGUGUCGAUGGUUCCUCCAAGAUAACUGUGAUCAUGGGGGUGUACAACGUUGAGGAUAAAAAUGAACCCACGCGAAGGACAUAUUUAGGCGACGCUUACACAGCGCAUCCAUGGUACAAUGGAAGCGAGGGGUAUCACGACAUUGCUGUGAUUCAUUUAAAUGAAUCCGCAGAAAUUAAUGCCUAUAUUAAACCUGUGACUUUACCACAUCAUCCGUGCACGCAUCUCUUCGGCAAACAAGCAAGGGUGAGCGGAUGGGGUAACGUAGUCGCUAAUACUCCUUGGGAGUACUCAGUUUUGCGUUACGCAUACGUUACCAUUGGAUCUCACGCGAACUGUCAUCCCCAGUUUCCGCAAGUUACUUCAGCGCAAAUGUGCCCCGUACCUACGGAGGUAUUCUUCCAUAUUAGCGAUAUCGGUGCCCCUCUCGUAUUUAAAGGAGUUCAGAUUGGUAUUGCUGCUGCAACUAGUUUUACCAAUGGAAUCGAAAGCCAUCCGCAAGUAUACACCAUGGUCGAUCGCUAUCUCCCAUGGAUUAAAAACAAUACCGACGUCAAGAUUGGGCAUUAGAAUGCACGAAGUGAUUUGUCCCAAGUGUUUUUGAGGAGAAGAUAGCUUUAAAUAUUAAAUUAUCAGCAAUACUAUCA